ACGAAAAUGGAUUGUGAUGGUGGUGGAACCUCAGGCGACGAACAAUAUACUUCGGUAGACGCCAAGAAAAGAGAGAAGAAAAUUUGUCAUCGCCACACUCCUCAACAAUUCAAGAGACUUGAAGCGAGAAUCACAGUGACACAAGUUAUGCAAAUAGCUGAAUCUCGAGCUGCUCAUGAUGAAAGAUCUUCUAACAUAUUACUUCCUGGUGAAAACGAUAAGAUCCAAUGUGAGAAUGAACUUGUGGAGGUCCUUCUUUUGGUAGAGACGAACACAAACACAAUCUCCAAAAACUGCAUUUGGAAAACGCCUUCCUCAAAGAGAAGCAUGACGAACUCACCAACUUUGUAUCCUAGAACAAGCACCAAGAAACAAUGGUGGGCUCUUCCGCUUCUGCUGAGAGAUAGCAAAUCGUUGAAACUCGCAACUCGUACGGAGCUAAUUCAAGCAAUCUCUAGCUCCAGCCAGGUAGCUCAUUAG